AUCAGGUAAACCGGGCUCGGUGCAGUGGAGGACCGGAGGAUGAUGGCGGCUACUCGACUAGCGGAGCGUUAGCUAAAUACAAUCAUAGCUAGGAAAAGACGUUAGGCUGUAGUUAAACACGUUUUCUGUUGAUGCUAGCGAGCUUCGUUUACCGUUACUUACCGCCAACGACAUAGCCACCAUGUCAGAAAAGGCUCCUCUUCUCCAUUACCGACUCACCACCAGCCCCGGCCCGGAGCCGAAACAUGUGUCCAAACACAGCGGGACCAAGGCGGACAGAGACGGUCGACGGACCAAGGACAACACCGCAAGGAAGCUCGGAGUGGUGUUUGGCGUGGUCAUACCAACUUUACUGUCCAUGUUUAGCGUCGUCGUGUUUCUGCGAAUUGGAUUUGUUGUGGGACAAGCAGGGCUCUACCAGGCCAUUGCCAUGUUUCUAGUGGCCUAUUUUAUCAUCACUAUGACUGUGCUUUCUGUCUGUGCCAUCUCCACCAAUGGGGCUUUAGAUGCUGGUGGUGCAUACUACAUGAUUAGCCGAGCCCUGGGUCCAGAGUUUGGUGGCAGCAUUGGGAUCAUGUUUUUCUUUGCCAAUGUGUGUGGCAGUGCUCUCUAUGUUUUGGGUCUGGUUGAGGCCAUCAUGUCAUCUUUUGGCAUCCCGGAAGAGGGUGCUGCAGGUCCCCAUCAGGUGUUGCCCUCCGGAUACUGGUGGUCUCUUCUGUAUGGCACCAUCCUGCUCUUCGUGUGUUUUGUUGUCUGCUUGGUGGGAGCCCACAUCUAUGCUAAAGCCACCUUCAUUAUCGUCAUCAUCGUCACAACAGUGUUGGCUGCUAUCUUUGUCAGUUUUUUCAUUGUGAGGCCCACUGUGGUGAUUCUGCCAGAUAGUUCUGGGUUAAACGGUACCAGCCUGAGCACCGCCAAUUUUACUGGCUUCAAGCUACACACACUGAAGAGCAACCUACUGCCCAGUUACACAGUAGACUACACCACUGGUGCCACAAUGACCUUUGCCACAGUUUUCGCUGUCAUGUUCAAUGGAUGUACUGGGAUCAUGGCAGGCUCCAACAUGUCAGGCGACCUGAAAAACCCAAGCUAUUCCAUCCCAAGAGGAACGCUUGCAGCUGUUGUUACAACUUUCAUCACAUACAAUCUGCUUAGUCUGCUGGCUGCAUGGUCCUGUGAUCGUCACCUUCUCCAGAAAGACUACAGUUUCUUGGGAGACAUCAAUGUAUGGCCGCCCCUGGUGACUAUUGGGAUUUACUCCUCCACCAUGUCUGCUUCCAUGAGUAACCUGAUAGGAGCCUCCAGGAUCCUGUAUGCCCUGUCCAAAGACAAUCUGUUUGGUGGUGUCCUGGCGCUAGUGAGAAAAACCUCUCUGAGUGGGAACCCCUGGGUCUCUGUGCUUGUCUCCUGGUUGCUUGUACAGGUGGUGCUGUUUGCUGGCAAAUUGAACACUAUUGCUGGUAUUGUCACUAUCUUCUUCUUGUUGGUCUAUGCAGCUGUGAACCUGGCCUGUUUGGCUCUCGAAUGGGCUUCUGCACCAAACUUCAGACCAUCAUUCCGUUGUUUUACAUGGCAUACCUGCGCUCUGGGCAUUCUUGGCAGCCUGGUCAUGAUGUUCCUGAUCAGUGCCAUUUAUGCAUUUGCCAGCAUAGCCUUUAUGUUGCUGCUCUUGAUGCUUAUCCACUACCUCUGUCCCCUCAGCAACUGGGGCUACAUUAGCCAGGCUCUCAUCUUCCACCAGGUGCGCAAGUACCUGUUGAGGUUGGAUGUGCGUAAGGACCAUGUGAAGUUCUGGAGGCCGCAGCUGCUGCUGAUGGUGGCAAAUCCUCGCAGCUGUACAGGUCUCAUGACCUUCAUUAAUGACCUGAAGAAGAGUGGCCUCUAUGUACUGGGACAUGUGAAGCUGGGUUUACUUGAUGGGUUGCCCUAUGAUCCUCUGCAGAGCCGUUAUGACUCAUGGCUUUCUCUCGUGGACCACCUAAACAUCAAGGCUUUUGUCAACCUUACGCUGGCAGAUUCUGUCAGACAUGGAGUUCAGAACCUACUUUUCAUCACAGGCUUUGGUGGAAUGAGGCCAAACACCCUUGUCUUGGGUUUCUAUGAUGACUGUUCCCCUGAAGACCACCUCCAAGGUAAAAUUCUCCUGUCCACAGGCUUUGGCUUGGAUGCCGUGACCCCUUCCAUAGAUCCCCGAGAGCAACGGUCUCCCUUCUUCCCAAAUGUGCGUGGUGCUGACGAACUCAGAGACCUUCACGAAGAGGAAUAUGUGUCAGUGAUUGCUGAUGCUGUAAAAAUGGGAAAGAAUGUGACACUUGCUCGUUACUUCAACCUGUUCAACCGGGAGAAGGUCUUAGGGUCGGGAAGAAAAAUUCGAGGCCACCGCAGUAUGACAAGUCCAUACGUUGACGUGUGGCCUCUGAAUCUUCUUCUACCAGACAGCCGUGGAUAUGUUGAUAUCUGCUCACUGUUCCUCCUGCAGUUGGCCUCCGUGCUGAAAGAGACCCGUGCCUGGAGCCAGGCAAGACUCCGCCUGUUCCUGUGUGUGGAGGCUGGUUGCAGUCUGAAGGAAGAGGAGGAGAAGAAGCUCCGGAUGAUGCUGAUGGAGCUCAGGAUUUCAGCUCAUGUGCAGAUGGUGCCAUGGGACCAGGUGGUGGCGCUACACUGGCAGAGACGAGAAAGACGAGAUCGAGGGAACCUAGUAGAGGCUGCACAGAAUGAGGAAAGUAUGGAGAGACCAGAGAUUGAGGAAGAUGACAAGGAAGGUGGUAUCCAAACAUUUCCCAGUAAUGCUGCUCAGCUGACAGAUGAGUAUAUCUGUGCUGUCAACAACCUGAUUCGCAGUCAUGGUGCCCCUCAGCCCGCUGUGCGUUUCCUGUAUUUGCCCCGGCCACCAGCAGACACAAGCCGCUACAGUACCUACCUGCACCAGCUAGACGUUUUGAGUCGAGACCUGGGCCCAACAUUGCUCAUUCACGGGGUCACUCCUGUGGUCACUACUGACCUUUAAUUUUACUGGAAACUCUUAAUCCAUCACUUCUCUGAUCUGGUAUUCAUCAAUGGGACUGUGCCUAUUGCCACUUAUUUAUUCACCUAAUGUUUGAGAUGUAAAUCACAACAGCCGACCUGACUGACCCCACAACAAACCACUUCUACUUGAGUCAUAUUCACUUUUUACAUUUAUAUAGUUUGUGGUUCACUUAUAUUAAUUACACCUGGGUGAAAUGGAUUUGAUGACCUCAAGCUAUUAGAUGUAUAGAAAAAUUAUAAGCGUUUUGACUAUUAAGUCAACACUUGAAGAAGACACUAGGGUGACAGAAAUGUAAAAUUUGCACACUUUGUGGGGUGAAGGGAGGAAAGGUCCUUGCCAUUCCUUCAUAGUUAAAAUCAGAAGUUUAUUAAGCCAGUGCUUUGCCCCAUGGGUUUGUUAAAACACUGUCACCUCACGGGGACUGCUCUUAAACAUUGUUAACUUGACAUUCUGUACAUGUUAAUAGAAAGAUUAAUUAAAUUGUAUUAUCUCAUA